CGCCGACCCAGCUCGCGCCGCGGCCCUUCGCCUCGCCCCCGGGCCGGCCGAUCCGGGGGCGCGCAGGGGGCAGGGCGGGCGCCCCGGCGAAGCCCGAGGGACGCGCGUGCGAGGGCCCCUUUGUGGACUUCACGGCUGCCAACAUCUGGGUGCAGCGCGGGCCACCGCUGGCCGCCGAGCCGCCGCCUCGCCUGGGGGACCGUAGGAGGCACAGCCCCGAGGCCGGGGACUUCGCUUUGGGACCCGCCCCCCGGGAUGCGGUAGCGGCCGCUGUGCGGAGGCCGCCGAGCAGCUGCAGCCGCCGCCGCGCAGAUCCACGCUGGCUCCGUGCGCCAUGGUCACCCACAGCAAGUUUCCCGCCGCCGGGAUGAGCCGCCCCCUGGACACCAGCCUGCGCCUCAAGACCUUCAGCUCCAAGAGCGAGUACCAGCUGGUGGUGAACGCAGUGCGCAAGCUGCAGGAGAGCGGCUUCUACUGGAGCGCCGUGACGGGCGGCGAGGCGAACCUGCUGCUCAGCGCGGAGCCCGCGGGCACCUUCCUGAUCCGCGACAGCUCGGACCAGCGCCACUUCUUCACGCUCAGCGUCAAGACCCAGUCGGGGACCAAAAACCUGCGCAUCCAGUGCGAGGGAGGCAGCUUCUCGCUGCAGAGCGACCCCCGGAGCACGCAGCCGGUGCCCCGCUUUGACUGCGUGCUCAAGCUGGUGCAUCACUACAUGCCGCCCCCGGGCGCCCCUUCCUUCCCCUCGCCACCGACUGAACCCUCCUCCGAGGUGUCAGAACAGCCGCCAGCCCAGCCGCUUCCUGGGAACCCCCCCAGGAGAGCCUAUUACAUCUACUCCGGGGGCGAGAAGAUCCCUCUGGUGUUGAGCAGGCCUCUCUCCUCUAACGUGGCCACUCUUCAACAUCUCUGUCGAAAGACCGUCAACGGCCACCUGGACUCCUAUGAGAAAGUCACCCAGCUGCCUGGACCCAUUCGGGAGUUCCUGGACCAGUACGAUGCCCCGCUUUAAGGAGCCAAGGGCAGGGGUGGGGGCGAGGGGCCUGGUUACCCUCACCUCCGUGGCACAUGGCACAAGCACAAGAAUCCAGCCGUGAGUCCCGCAGCUCUGGGUGAGCCAGGGGGUGGGCAGCCCCGCCCUCUGGCCCUCCCCUCUGCAGAAUGGGGCAGGCGGGACCUGGAAUGUGUUUGAGGGAAGGGGGAGUGCCACCUGAGUGCCCCUCCCCCACUCCAGCUUCACGGGAGGAGCCUGAUGACCCGGCGGGACUACUGCAGCGACCGCAGUGGAUUCUCCUCUCCUCUUCACUUCCUCAACUCCCCCUGCACUUCCAGACCGGGGACACUGCGGGAGUGCUGAACUCGUGAAAACUGCCGGGAAUCCGCUAACUUUCCAACGGAACUUGGAACUUGUUUGCUCUUUGAUUUGGUUUUAAACGUGGCUUUAACUGGCUUUAACCCUGAGCGAGUCUCGGGCCUGGGAAAAGGUGGACGAGAGAGGGUGCCUCAGGGGCCCCAGGGCUGCACAUUGGCCGAGGAAAUGGCCACUCCCACCACCCAGCCCAGGUGAGGAAGGUGGCUGCGUGCUUCUUCCUGGGCUUUGGGGAGAAGGCCUAGGGGUGACCCGAAGGGGACCAUUCUGCUUCCCCCCCCUCCCGCUUGGGACAGCCACCAGGAAACAUAGGUCCUAGAGUCCAUCAAGAGCCCAGGGCCCUUCCCGCGUUUUAAGGGGGAAGUGGCAUUUGGAGGGGGAUGGGCGAGCUGGCCAUUUGUUUCGCCACCCACACUAGACUUUCCAGCACCUGGGGGUGGGGGAGGUUGGAGGAGAUGAGCAUUUUGACCCCAGACCUCUGCCAGAGAAGAUGAGGGAUUCUACUAAUGUGCCUCCUGACUAUGUCUGGCUAGGAGAUUUGCCUUAAAUGCUCCCUGUCCCAUGGAUAGGGACUGGCACACAAGAAGCCACACACUCAGCCAAUCCAGGCAGAGGCCAAGGGAUUCUCAGAGGGCAGGCUGCUGGCCACUCACCAUUUGGGGGUGGGCUCAGAGGUGGACGAUCAUGCCUUCCAGCUGGGCGCUGGAAGAAUGCUAGCCCAGUUGGUAUUGGCCUGUCACAGGUGCCUCGCAGUGCCUGGGCUCUGGCCAGAGCAGAGCCACUGUGUCCCACAGCCCUCCCUCUUCCCCUGGGAGGGGGGCACAGGCGGGAGUCAUCCAGAGGCCAGGGCCCCUGCCCCCCACCCCCCAGCUGCUUCCACUCUGCAAUAGCACUGAUCAGUGAAAACUUACAGGAAUGUAGCAGCGAUGGAAUUACCUGGAACUGUUCUUUUUUGGGGGGAAAUUAAGCAAACACACAAAGUUUUCUGUGUCAGGUAUUGGUCUGGAUGGGAGAGCUGUGUGUUGGGGUUUUUUUUUCUGUUAUUUUUGUUUCUGUUUUGUUUUUGAUAAUGUUUACAAUCUGCCUCAAUCACUCUGUCUUUUAUAAAGAUUCCACCUCCAGUCCUCUCCCCUCCCCCCCACCCAGGCCUUCAAGGCUGUUAGGAGAUGCUUGAAGAACUCAACAAAAUACCAAUCCAUGUCAAACUUUGCACAUAUUUAUAUUUAUAUUCAAAAAAGAAACAUUUCAGUAAUUUAUAAUAAAGAGCACUAUUUUUUAAUGAAA